AUGAUUUCUCCAAUAAUUCAAAAAGAUAUUGUGAGUGCAUGUAAAAUAGAGACCGUUAAAGCUAUUCUUGAGGAAUUAAAUGGUGAUUACUUUGCCUUGCUAGUUGAUGAAUCCUUUGAUGUGUCACACAAAGAGCAAAUGGCUAUUGUAUUUCGAUAUAUUGAUAGAAAGGGAUUUGUGAUGGAGCGACUUAUUGACAUUGUUCAUGUUCAAGAUACUAGUGCUUCAUCUCUAAAGGAGGCAAUUGUUAAUUUACUUGCUAAACAUUCUUUGAGUCCAUCAAGUGUGCGUGGACAAUGUUAUGAUGGAGCAAGCAAUAUGCAAGGUGAGAUCAAUGGCCUUAAAAUGUUGAUUAGGCAAGAAAGUAGAUCGGCUCAUUCCAUCCAUUGUUUUGCUCAUCAACUUCAACUAACUCUUGUUGGGGUCUCUAAAAAGUGUGUUGAAGUGGGAAAACUUGUAGUAUUGGUCUCAAAUAUUUUAAAUGUAUUGGGAUCUUCUUUCAAACGUAUGGAUGAAUUACGUGAUUCUCAAAAAGAAACGAUUAAAGAGGCAUUAGAUAUGGGUGAACUUACAACCGUUAGGGGCUUGAAUCAACAACUUGGUCUUUCAAGAGCUUGUGACACUCGUUGGGGAUCUCAUUAUAAAUCCUUUAAUAAUUUUAUUAUUAUGUUUGGCUCUAUUCUUGAUGUUCUUGAAUCACUUGCUCUUGAUGCACGAAAUAUGGAUGAAAGAGCUAAGGAGCAAGAUAUUGCAAAUGCCAUGCUACUUGUUGAAGUAGCAAAGAGAAGGUUGCAAGUUUUAAGGGAUGAUGAAUGGGACUCUCUUAUUGCUAAGGUAUCUACAUUUUGUAUCAAACAUGAUGUUUUGAUACCUAACUUUGAGGAGCCAUAUGUUAGCUCUUUAAGAUCACGACGAAAUCUUGCUAACUAUACAAUCUUACAUCAUUAUCGUGUUGAAGUUUUUUGCAAUAUUAUUGAUUGGCAACUUCAAGAACUUAAUGGUCGUUUUGAUGAGGUGACUACCGAUUUGCUCCAUGGAAUUGCUUGCUUAAAUCCAAUUAACUCAUUUUCAAGUUUUGACAUUAAAAAAGUAAUGAGAAUGGCGAAAUUAUAUCCGGAUGACUUUGAUGAAUCUAAUAUGAGUGCUCUUGAGAAUCAACUUGCAAGUUAUGUUGUAGAUAUUCGUGAUGUUGAUGAAAGAUUCUCCGAUCUAAAUGGGCUUUGUGAUCUUUCCAAAAUAUUAAUUCAGACAAAGAAACAUUCUACUUAUCCUUUGGUAUUCCGCUUAGUGAAACUUGCUCUACUUCUACCAGUUGCCACUGCCUCCGUUGAAAGAGCUUUUUCGGCAAUGAAGUAUAUCAAGAAUGACUUGCGGAGCAAAAUGAGUGAUGAUUUUUUUAGUGGUUGUUUGGUGCCUUAUUUAGAAAAAGAUGUAUUUGAUAGUAUUUCUAAUGAUGAUAUUAUUAAGACAUUUCAAGAUAUGAAACCUCGUAGAGUACAAUUGUAG